AUGGAGGAGGGCAUAAGAAACAGUCUUAUCGAUACAGAAGGAUCCCACGUAAUACUGGUAGAAGAUCUGGAAACUCCAAGAUUAAAUAGAGAGACAUCUGAAUAUGAGAAUUUGGUAUAUAUGCUUUCCGGCUAAAGUGAAGAAUCGGCUUGGAAAUUCAGGGUCAAAGAUACACUAAUAAAUCAUUAGAAAUAUAAUAUUAUUUUGUUGUAAUAAGAAUAUAUUUAUAUGUUUAAUUUAAUAAUAUACCUUACUUAAGUAAUUGAAAUAUCAAAAAUUUAAAAAAUUUGUAACCAAAAAGAAUAGGCUUGGAAAUUAUUUGAGAGUUAUUAGCUAUAUAAAUAUAUGAAAAAAUUGUAAAGCAUAUUAUUUGCAUCUAGUUUUACAGUAGAACUCUGAUAAUAUCUUAAUCUAAAAACGAUUAAGAAUGUUUGUCAAGUGGAAAAAUUUAUUUUUUUUAGCAACGGUUUUCAGAGAAUAAAGAGCAUUUUAUAAUAGAAGAUAUAGCUGAAAAUUUAUUUUAAUAUCUCAAAUCGCACCAAAUACAGAUGUAACGUUCUAAUAUCAAUACUCAGUAUGAUGACAGUUUAAAAAUUUGUAUUUUAUAUAAAUAAAAUCAAUGUAAUAAUAAAUGUAUUGAACUUAAUACUGCAAACCAAAUUUCUAACACGAUCAUAUAAUACACAUGAAUAUGAUGGUGGUGCAGCCGACCAGACCUCUUGGCGCAAUUUUCUCAACACCUGCAGGGAACACCCAGGUAGGGAAACCAAGCUGAGAAAUAGUAGGGUAGUCCUUGGUGUGUAUCAACUGGGUUUUGCUCGUGUCCCAGGAGCUAAUCCUUGGGACAUGGGUUUUUCCUCUGAAGGCGCUUGGAAAGGGCAUGGUUAGCUGAGCCCAUGGAGAUGGCGAUGACCUCACCUGGCCAGAGACGGCAUGUGCCCAACACGAUACUGGGAGUUGUGGCCCAGAGCGCUUGCCCUUAGGACUUUGGAGCCAGAAGCCCGAUUCAAUAGGUGCAACCCCACUCAGAGGCGGAGUGGAUGGAUGUCUGCCGGGACCUCCCCGUAGGCGAUGAGCAUGUAGAUGUGCAAAUCCUCGACCCAUGCCGCAAGGCGAACGAUUUUUAAUUAAUUAAUUAAUUAAUAACACGAUUAUAUAUAGAAUAAAAAUUGUGGCCUGAUAGAAAUGCAUUUUAUAUAAUAAAUUCAAAUAUUAACAAAAUUAAUUAGGCAUAUAAAAUGCAAGAAGAGAAGAUUUAGAAUUAAAUAACUUUGAUUAAAUAAGAUUAUCAUAUGAAGCUUCAGGCCAAAUAAAUUUAAUUUUUUCCUCACCAAAUUUUGAAGAAUCCACCUAAAAAUUAUAAUCUAGUUAAAUUAUGCAAUUGAAUACUUUAAUUUAAUAAGAGAAAUUAAACUCAGAAAAAAUAAAAUAUAAGUCUUAUAUAAGACCACAAUAAAUACCUUAAAAGAAACAUAUGCUUAAGUUUCUAAUUAUUUUAAUUGUCUAAAUUGGAUAGUAUUGAGAAAUACAUAAAAGCAUAUUUUCAAAAGGACUCCUAUUCAAAAUAGAGUGGCGCCACAUAUAUUCUGCUAAAUAUGAUGGAAAAAAUUCUCGCUGCGUUCCAAAUUGAUAUUUGAGCUUUCUUUUCACAUGAGUUCAAGUGGCUUCAAUGUGUUGAGUGUGGAUGCUUGGGUCAACUGGAUCAACAAAACAUUCUUGAUGGAUAACUAUCUCAUGGCUAUAGACUCCUCCGUUAAUUUCGUCGAUUCUUGCAUAAGCUGGUCAGCCGUCACUGAUAAUAUUUGUUCCAGGAAGUAUUCACUUGUUAAUUAAUUCUUCCAGUGUUUCACGAGUUCUAUCUGGAACUUGUUUUAGUAGGCAUUUGUUUGAACCACGCUCAAUCGCCCCAAAUACUCAUUGCCCUCCUGUAAAUCUCCCUCUAUGAUAUUUUCUAUGGAAGAAGUAAGACUCAUCUAUUUCAACUGUUAUAGGAUUGUUCAUAUAAUCAAUUCCCCCAAGUUCUUCAUUAAAUUGAGUAACGCUUUCUUCACAAAGUUCUCUUAAAAGACUGAAUCAUUCGAUUAUAGUGUGAUUAGAAACAUUAAGUUCAUGAACAGUAGUUUGUUGCAGAUGGUUAUUGGACCAAAAAUAGAUGAUUAGCAGGAUUUGCUGCAGUGAAAGAUUACUGCUUUCAAAAAUUGAUUUACUGCGAAUUGUAUGUGAGCGAUUACAAUGACUGCAUCUUCAUUCAUAAAAAUCUUGCCUUCUGCUGAGUCUAUUUAAAGUACCAAAAUCAUCACAGUUUUCACAUAUCAUUCGGUUGGCAAUUAGGCGAUGCCUUGCACAUCAUUGCAAUGUUGAUUCAAUUCUAGUAGUUUCAGCAAUCAGUUGAGUUAGUCUUCAGUCUUCAGCUAAUAUUUCUUCGUCAGUCAGUAAUUCAUCUUCUUCAACAAUAAAACUUGUAGAUUUUGGUCUGCCAGGCAUAAUUUAUUUAAUUAAAUAAAGACCCCUAUUUAAAUUUAUUUAGUUUGUCUAUUUUGCAUAAAAUAAAUAAAUAUCUAAAUUACGAGAAGAUAAUAAGCCUUUUAAAAUAUAUUUUCCUAUCUAAAAAUAGCAUAAGCGAAGCAUAUACGUUUUUAGGUUGAAUAUACACAUCUUCUACAAUAGAAAAUUUAAGAAUUAGAAAUGCUUGUAAAAUCUUGCAGAUACUUGGAAGACUAGUUAUGGAAUGAAAUAGCAAGGAUGAGUAAGCCUAAAUAUGGCCCAAAGUAUAUUAAUUUCAAUUGGAAAGUGUAUUAAAUCCAAUGUAUUAAUUAUUGCAUUUUAUACUAAUAUAACAAGUGUAGUAUUGAUAAGAGCAACUAAUGUAAAUAUAGCAAUCAACCAUUAAAGGAGCCAAGUACUAUAUGAAAUACCCAGCAGCACUAAUUUCUUACAGAAACUUGGCAAAGUUAGUAGGUUAAAAUUCUGGAAUACUAAAUAUAUCUUGACAGAUUAUUUGUCUAAAUAACCAUGCAGCAGAAUAUAUUCCGCAUCGGUCGAAUUACCGAGAAUUCUGUAAUAAUACUAACUUACAAAAUCUUAAACCUAAUCUUUUGUUAUCAGAAGAUGCAUAAUAUAAUAAGCGCUCUGAAGGAAAUCUCAAUAACCCCUUUUAGCCUUGUUAAACAUUAGCUUAUUAAACAAUCAUAGCACUUUUACUAAAAUUUAAAUCGCAUUCAUUAUCUAAGUGGAGCUUUUCCUAAUAUAUAUUGUUAAACAGAUUUACUAAUUUCUGCUGUUUAUUUAUCUAUCAAUUCUAUUGAUAUCCUAAAAGCACCAAAAUUAUCUUAAUAUUUUUAUGGAGAAAAAAAAAUAGGCUUGGAAAUUCCUGAGUUGAGAUUUUUUAUAGUUUAUAUUUCAAUUAAUAUGCCAAUUUUAAUUUUAACCGUGUUUUCUUAAUUAUUUACCUUUUUUCCGUUUAGCUUAUCAAUACUUUAAUUUUGUCAAAUUUUGUUUUUUUAAUUUUUUUUUAUAUAUAUUGAUUUUGUGUAAACACCAUUUAUCUUUAAUAAUUUCGUUUAUUAUUUAUUACAUUGCUGCUCUCUGUAUAAUUUCUAUCGUAUUUAAGUUAUCUGCCUUAAAGCUCAACUUUCAUUUUUUAAACAUUGGCAAACACACUGUUUUAAUAGCCUAAUAUAAUGUUUUUAUUCAUUUCUACUGCUCUGUCUAUUUUAUUCUUAAUUAUUAUCAAAUUUAGACCAUAUGAAAUUUUCUUUCAUAAAGCUGCAUUGAACUUUUCAACAUAUAUAUUAACUCGCAUUAAGUUUAUAAACUUCAAACAAAUAUUUAAAAUGAAAAGAUAUAUUCCAAUCUAAGCUUUAAUUUGUAUUUUAUGUUCUUUCUUUAUAUAACAUUCAAUAAUACAUCCUUUUUCAAAUUAAAGAAAUUUUGAAUUUUAUUAAAAGUGAUAAUUAACAAUUCGAGCAGUUAACAUUUAAAUCGUUUAAUAACUAACUAAUUUUUAUAGCACUUUUAUCACAUUUGACCCUUCACAAAUUAUUUAAUAUAUCAUUUUUAUACAGAAUUUUAAUUAGAUAUAAUCAAUCUAAUUUAUCCUAAUAUAAAGUAUAAAUGUAUAAUAAUAUUAAUUCUAAUCUUUUACAAAAUUUAUAAAUCCCCAUAAGAUAAUCCAAUUACUGUUAAAGACAUUAUGUACAAUUUUCAUUUUUUUUCCAAUUUUUGCCAAAUCUUUUAUUUGAACUAUACUUGCGUAAUAUGGUGUUUUAUCAGAUAUAUACUGAAACUUUUUCUUUUAACAACGAAAUAAUAUUAUAUUUCUAAUGAUUUAUUAGUGUAUCUUUGACCCUGAAUUUCCAAGCCGAUUCUUCACUUUAGCCUGCUUUCCUCUAUGGGCUUUAAACCUAAACAAAUAGAAACUGCAAUCUCAUUUGGUGGAGCAAAAUCCAUUGAUGAUGCCCUUGCAUUUUUACUCAAAGGAGAGAAUGGCUAUGAGCAUCCAUUUAUACGUAAUUCCUAAGUAGCUCAAUGAGUUAACGAUAAACUCUGCGAAAUCUGUGACGAAAUUGAAUCAGAGCACCUUAAUUUCCGCGCAGAUCACAUAGAUGAUUUAAAUCACACGAGGAAUGCUCUAGAAGAAUCUAAAUCCAGAAUAAGCGACAAUCUUCAAGAGCAGAUUAGCAAAUGAACUUUCCAUCAAGAAUAUUGCUCAAUCUGCUAUAAUGACACAGACUUGGAAUGAAGCCAUCCAGAAUGCGGCAGCCAUUCCUUUUGCAAAAACUGUAUUUUUGAAUAUCUCAAGGUAAAAAUCAAUGAAUCAAAAGUGGAAAAUAUUACUUGUCCGGGAGAUGGGUGCAAAAAAGUUUUCACAGAAGAAAUGAUAGGCAUAAUCGUCGGAGAAGAACUUUUUCAGAAGUAUAAAAAAUUUAAAUGGAGACUAGAACUCUUAAAAGACCCAAGCGUAAAAUGGUGCCAAACUCCGAACUGCGAAGGAUUUAUGAGAGGCAGUAAUGAUAAUCCUCAUUUGGUCUGUCCUGUCUGUGGGCUAAACGUAUGCUUUAAAUGUGGAAAUAUCUGGCACGGCAAAAAAAAUUGUGAAAAAAUUAUUGAUGAAGCCUAUGAAAUCUGGGCUAAAGGAAAAGAAAUUCAACUCUGUCCUAAGUGUAGAAGGAAAAUUGAGAAAGUUGAUGGGUGCAAUCAUAUGACCUGCGCUGUAUGUGGGUAUCAGUGAUGCUGGCUAUGCAGAGGAGCAUAUAAGCGAAAUCAUUUUAGCAGGCUAAACCCAUUUGGGUGUCCGAAUUUGCAAGCAGGAACUAAUACAAGGCAAAAUUGACCUCUAUGAAAAAUUUAUAGACGAAGGGCAGGGAUGUGCAUGUUUUGGAUUGGACUAAUUUUGCUCUUUCCUUUAAUUGGCCUCCUUUAUCCAGCCUGGUGGGUUUCUUGCAAUUGCUAUAGGAAUUGGGAAUAUCGCAUAUCCUGCUGUUGCAAUUUUUCACUGUGUAUCAUAAUAUUUAUCCUGUCAUUGAUUUUGACACCUCCAGCCUACGUGCUAAUCAUUCCUGUACUUAUAUGCUAUGGAUUUGUCACAGUUCUAAAAGAAAUAAAGAGAAAGUGCUGUUAG